AUGGAGUACCUCAAGGAUAAGUCCGAAUACUUUAACCUCGACGGCGACUUCAAGCCCCUACCCAAGUAUGGCCAUCUAUCGGAAAAAACACCCGAGUAUAUAGCAGCUGAGCCCGCUCUCGACGCCGUAUAUUCGCCACUUUGGGCGUUGCCCGAUUUCGCGGCCUUCCGACAGGCCGCAGGUGAUCCCGACGCCGCUAUGCCCCCCGGCGGACCCGAUCGGUAUCGCGAUGUUACGACGGAGUUGCUCCAAUUUCCUGCCCGCGACGGCCAUUUAAAUGAAUUAAGAGUUUAUAAGUCUCCAAAUGUUGCGCCAGACGCGACUCUAGUAUAUCGCAUGCACGGCGGUGGCUUUGCCAUCGGACGACAUGAGGUAGACGGUGCCGAGAACGUUUAUGCGGCCACAAAUACCGAUAUUGUUGUUGUUAGUGUAGAUUAUCGACUAGCGCCUGAGUUUCCCUUUCCACGGCCAGUUGAAGAUUGCUACGAUGGAUUAUUAUGGUGUAAAAAUAACGCGAAAACUCUCGGAAUCAAUCCCGAGAAGAUCAUUGUCGCCGGGAGUAGCGCGGGAGCCAACCUAGCUCCGGUCAUGGCCUUAAUGGCUCGGGAAAAUGGCAUUACCGGCGUCAUCGCCCAAAUCCUUCACUUCCCUACGGUCUGCUAUCCUAAGUUCUUCCCCCGGGAUAAAUAUGAAUACGGCAGUUACAUUCAAAACUCGGAAAAUCCCGUUCUUAGCACCCUGAGGAUGGAGGCUUUCUUUAGGUCCUAUAAUCCUGACCCUAAGCCUGAUUAUAGGCAUUCGCCUCUGCUUGCAGAAUCACUUGCGAAUCUUCCGCCAGCGUUGAUACAAUGCGCAGGCUAUGAUGUUCUCCGAGAUGAUGCCUUUGCAUAUGCUGAAGCGCUCAAGGCUGCGGGUGUUGACGCCGAGAUAUACGGUUAUCAGGGUGUACCGCACUGUUUCCCUGCUGUCACCCCGACCCAUCCUAGCACGCCGGUAUUCUAUAAGAGGUUCAACAGUUUCUUAAAGAAGCACGCGACUAGUUCCGGUCAGGAGAAAUGA